UAAAAAACACUCUUUAAGUUGGAGUGGUGUCCCGUCGUUGAUUGACUCGGCAAAAAUCCUCACUACGGUGGAUCACACGACUGAUACUGUGUUUUUUCUGUAAGUAUCCUACGAGAUAGUAUUGACGUUCAGCACUCUUACCAAUACUACAGGUGAGAAUUUGACGACGAAGGAUUGCCUGGCCUCUUCGAGAGUGGUGCGUCCUCGAGGGUUGUUGUGUGCUCCACAGAGAUCGAAGCGCGUCGGGAUAGCCUCAAACAAAUACAUCGAAUAUGAAUCAGCAUCCCUUUCAGAAAAUAUGUUGCGUUCAGCCAGUGAAUGACGAACAGCCCUUCUUACUGGCAGCGGCUGGGCCCGUUAUCAGCACUUUCAAUCUCAGAGAUGGCUCAAUUUUGAGUCAGUUGCCACCCAUGGAAGUGGAAGAGGCUACUGAGGGAGACGGACCAUCCGACGCCAACGGUGAUGGGAGCCGUCCCUCCAAGAGGCGUCGAAUCGAGGUAGAAGGCCAGGCAGGGCUGUCUCGAAAUGAAUCGGAGGACUCUGUUGAGAUCAUCUCGGAGCGGAAGAAAGGCGAGCGACGAAAGCCCAAGGUAGAGAGCUCGAAGCUUCCGAACAUUACCCACAUUAUUGCAACCAGUGACGCUGCAAGAGCCAUUACUGUGACGGCCGAGGACAAAUGCAUCAACGUGUUCAGCGUGAGUUCUGCUGGCAUCUUGACGUUGCAAAGUCAAAGGUCAAUGCCGAAAAGACUUUGUGCCAUAGUCUUGACCCCAGACGAGAAGAAUCUUUUGGUGGGAGAUAAGUUUGGCGACGUAUACAUACUCCCAUUACACCCAAGCAAGGAUUGGACUCCUUCAAAAGUGGGAAAAGCAGAUGAAGGCCUGAAGCAGACCUUCACUCCCUCCGCAACAGAAUUGACGGUUCACACGAAGGGCAACCUCGAAGCCUUAAGGCAGCAGCGCGAGCAGAAAAUGACUCAGACCAAGAAAGAAGGCCCCAAAUUUGAGCUCAAAAUGCUCUUGGGUCACGUCUCUCUUUUGACAGAUGUGGCAGUCAAUGAAGUACAGGACGGGCUCAAGCGAAAGCAAUACAUUCUGACAGCCGACCGGGAUGAACACAUUCGCGUGUCUCGAGGCAUCACGCAAGCUCAUGUCAUUGAAGGUUACUGUUUGGGACACCGAGAGUUUGUCACCAAGUUGUGCAUCCCACCAUGGGACUCCGAAAUCCUGGUGGCGGGCAGUGGUGAACCAUCUUUGUCAGCGUAUCACUGGCGAACUGGACGUCUGCUCGACAAAGAGAUCUUCAAGGGCGCUGUAGGGAUGGACAUUUCCACAGUGUUGGACAAAGAAGAGCGUACCGAGGACCGACUGGCCGUGUCGAACAUCUGGCCUGUUCAUUUUACAGUUUCUGGAAACUCGCCCUAUGCUCGUCAACCUCCACGCUUGCUCCUGGUUGCACUGGAAGGACUUCCAAUGCUUCUGAGUUACAGCCUCACCGAUCAAGGCGAACUCCAGCACCAUCAAACUUUGCAACUUGGGGGAAAUGCUCUCGACGUAACCAUUGGGCCAGCCUUGUGGGAGGCUGUGGUUAGUAUUGAUACGGUGCACAAGCCUGGAUCUAUGCGAGACGUUGGCUCGGAAGAAGUGCCAACGUCGGAUUUUUUCGAGACCUUCGAGCUGUUUUCCAACAUCAGUAAGGAUGCGGACGGAACGGAUCAACCUGUGGAACUCCCGGAUGGACGAGAAUUGCGCUGGGAGAGAUCCAGCCUUGCAAUGCUUUUGAACGGUGCUAUUACGGUCUCCGAUAACGUCGACUUGCCUUCAGAGGAUGGCCUGAAGGGGAAAGGUACAUAUAGUGUCUUGGGCGAACAACUCUACGGCUUGGAGAAUCUGAGGAAGAAGCGAGGCGAGCAAGGGAUUGAGGCUGAGGAGGAAGUCGAGGAUGGUACGCCAGUGGGUCAGGAAAGCACCACCUGACAAGAACUUGUAGAUACGACAUGUCUAGACCACUCGAGGCGGUACAUCGACCAGUCAUAGGAUGACCAUUUAGAGCGGACAAAAACCAUUCCAUCCACCUAG